CCUUUGGAGAUCCUCCCCAAGAGCCCGCGCCCAGUUGGGCGGAGUAUAUGGGAGUCAAACACAUCCAAGAGGAGGGAAUUCGCUAUAUAUCUGUUCAAUGGUGCCCGCUGCCAAACACAACCAGCAAGUACGAAACUCUACACAGUAGUACAUACAAGUAUUGUAGCAACUCCGUACACUGAUUUGAGGGUGCGCGGAUUAGAUUGUCGAAGCCUAGGCAUGGGCGCUGUUCUACUACCCGCGGGGCUCCGGGUUAAGCUAUUAAAGUUGUACUUGCUACUGUGUAACGAGCUACAGGCUACAGCCUACUUUGUACAAGUAGCUAACGAAGGCAGAUUGGCCUCGCGGUCCAUUAUUGCCGCACAACUAACAAGAAAGGCGGAAGAGAAGACAGCGAAGCUCCGCGGACCUUUGGUACUUGUGGAGCCGGACGCCACAACCGACCGUUUCCUUCAGCGAGAUGUGGGCGACAAUUGACUCUCUAACGAGGCUUUUUUUUCAUAUAUGUAGAGCAACGACUGCCCUCUUCCUUUGAUGAAAUUUAGUACGAUGUACGGAGUAGUAACAGUACCAUCAAUGCCAGGGGACAAAGUCUCUCGCAAGGUGACCAUUCCGUCUACCUACUCGACACUACCUAGAUAAGUGUGUUGGGUCAAAUAGGAGAACAUUCACAUGCAGGAGGAUGCCAGUACGGAUGCAAGGACUAGAGAUGGAAGCAGUAAUGGGCCGCGGUCCAAGGAUCAAAAAGUGAAGUGAUCAUGCAAGCUGGAUAGAUGCGAGAAGGAUCAGG